CCCCCAAUUCCAAUCUCUAACACGUGGAUACCAGAAGGUUUUCUGAUGUUCCCCGCCAAAAACAAACUCGGCCAGCAAAGGUUUCACGGGUUGGCCCGGACCGAAGUCGUAUCACAGAUAAAAUGCCACCAAGCUUUUGAAGUGCUUUACCGCCUUGGCGCUUCUCAUCCGAAGGAAGGAUUUUAUAAAAACCUAAAGUAUAGUCUUUACCUGACUCAAAUGAUCAACAUGGACGAUCCUCUGGAUUUCGAGAGAGAAGACCAGCUUCUCAAGGUCCCAUCCACCAACAACAAGAAAAGGAAGAAGGUUAUUGGGUUGGAUGAUCUUCUUAAUGAUCAUUACAUAGAGCAAAAUAAGCUUAAAGAGAAGCAGUCCAAAAAGGCCAAGGCCCGGAAGAAUAGCCACGAGGAUGAUGAUGAAUAUAACAAUGAAGCUAUGCUGUCCAAGAUUGUUGAGAAAUGUGAAAAGCAGAUGAACGAAUUAGGUGGCGAAGAAGAAAUCUUCCGCUGGGGAGUGCCAGCUUUUGGAGACCAGAAAGCCUUUCCUCCUCUGGAUUUCUCUGAACUUGAAAGUUGCAACAUCGUACAAUCAUUUGUGAACAACAAUCUUAAUUCUGUUGUGGAAUUGACCACAGAGAAAGGAGACAAAUUUCUUGAAGGUUUAUUAAUCAAUGGGUGGCUUCCAAAAUUGGUUUUCUUGUGCCAACAUGUAGAAAAAUCAAUAGCUAUCUGGGCGUUCAAUAAAAUGUUAUAUUCAACAAAAGAAGAGAUGCAAACUUGUACAUGUGAUUUUUGGUGUGCAAUUCUUUCAUCUACUAAAGAGGACGGCCAAUUAACUGUCAAGAUCGAUUGGUUUCCCAGCUAUAAAGAUUUGAGAACAGCUCUUGACAUCUAUGGGUUUCUCUUCAACUUUUCAUCAAGUGCUGAAACUGUGGAUACGGGUAACUCUCAAAUUUGUUUUAGUAACAUCCAGGUACACGACUUUGGAAGGUGGACUACAUUCAUGUCUCCAACUUCCCUAGAUUCGAGUCCUGGAGGGCCACCCCAAAAUAUCAGGGCUUGGGUCAGAUUUGUAACUGCUUGUUGUCUGAUAAGGAGUCAAAAAGCUAUGUUCUCUGCUGUAGAAGCUGAAGAGAUAAUUGAAGUUAUUAUAUGUCUAUUUUUGGAUCGCCAACUUCAAGGCCUUUUGAUAAUUCUGAACGACUGCAUGCAAGCGAUUGUCAAUUACUUCACAGACCAGGAGUGGAGUUCAAGUUGUGAAAAUAUAGCAAAAUUUAUUGCUUGCAGAGUCUCAAAGGAUUUGAAUUGCAUUCAGGCUGUUGAAUGCAUUUCAGAAGUCAGCUCUCGCUGUAAACAACUUCGUAGUGCUGUGGCUUAUGAAAGUUUGCUUCCUUGUUUUGAUGGAGUACGUUACUUGCCUGCCAAGGUCAGCAGUGGAGAUGAGAUACUUAGAUCACUAGUUGCAAUUAAUUUGAAAGACAAGAGCGUUGACCUCUUUAAGAUGUACAUAUACUUAGCUUUGGCAGAGAAUUGGAUCUUGUCUAACCCAGUGUUUGAAGACAAUCCAGUACUUUAUGAGAUGUUCUGUCAUUACCUUAAAAAUUGUUCUAGUUUAAUCUCCAGCACAGACCUACGCUCUCAUGCAUCAAAGAUUCGCAAUAAAGCAGCAUAUCUUCUUCACUUCUUCAUCAACAAAUAAUCGGUUGCAGGUAGAUGGACUACGUCAGAAAAAUUAAGCCAAUUUUGUUCUGGUCGUAGCACGAGUCACGAGAUCACCAAAUCUAAGAGUGUAAAAGCUUGAGGUCUGCCAGAAAUGCAUGCCCUCUUUCUACCCGCAGGUUGAGAUACUGGCAUGCCAAUCUAACGUCAAAAAUGGUGCUUUGUGAAUAUUUUUGCUUUUUUCCUGAGCUGUGGUUAAAAGCGGUUGCUCAUCCAAGAUUGUAAAAUGAAAGCAACUCUUUUUAAAAAAAACUAACUGCAGCUAUAAUUAGACAUCAUGUCGAUGUACAUAUGAACAUCAUAUAUACAAUGUAGUGUCUUCUGUAA